UAUAAAAUCCAGCCCAAAACAUUGGUCUUUGCUAUUUUAGCAUUGAUGACAAUAGAGGGAUCUGCAAACCUUCGAACUCAGUGGAACAUCAUGGGAGAAUUUAGCAAUUUGCCACAGGAAGAACUUUUAGAGUGGAUAAAAGUCAAUACCAGACAAGAUGCAGUUUUUGCAGGAGCAAUGCCUACAAUGGCAAGUGUUAAAUUGUCUACGCUUCGUCCUAUUGUUAAUCAUCCUCACUAUGAAGAUGCAGGAUUAAGGGCCAGAACUAAAAUAGUGUAUUCCAUGUACAGUCGAAAACCUGCAAGCCAAGUAAAAAGAGAUUUAAUAAAACUAGGAGUGAAUUACUACAUCCUUGAAGAGUCAUUGUGUGUAAGCAGAAAAAAGCCUGGCUGCAGCAUGCCUGAAAUUUGGGAUGUCGAAGAUCCUGCUAAUAAAGGAAAAAUUCCUUUAUGUACCCUUAUGAGCAAGGAUUCCAGGCCAUAUUUCAUCACAGUAUUUGAAAAUAGCAAUUACAGAGUCUUGAAGAUUCCAAAGGAAUAACAUUUCAAUGCAAUGAAGCAUCAGUCUUUCAAAUCUUUAAACUAGUAACUGUAAGAAUUCUAAGUCAGAAAUACCUUUUUUACUAGACUUAAAAUGGAAAAAUGUGUAUUUUAUUUUUUACCAUUUUAAGUGAAUUCUGAUUAUAGAAGUAUCUUAAACCUAACAGUUUGGAUUUCUAUUUCAGGGUCAGUCCCUUGAGAUUUGCUAUGCAAAUGAUUAUAUGUUUGCACAUAUUAUUUAACACUGAUCCAAAAAGAGCUAAAAGUAGCUAUGGAAAAGUUGGUAGGUGGACUUGAAACUUCAUUUUUCUUGGUGCAUGUUAUUGGAUUCCUAUUGAUAUUAAAAAAAGAAGACUAAUAAGGGUAAUAUUUGCAGUAAGCAAUAGUUUAGCUUCUCAGUGUCCAAGGGUUUUUAGCAUUCUUAUGCAUUCAGAAUAAGCUGGCGUAAUAUACAUUAAAUUUUUAAGGGAAAAUGCUUUAUUCAGGAAAAAAAUCUGUCAUAGCCUUAGAAAGAUACUAAAAUAAAUCCUUCACUGCCUUAACUAGACCUUCAGCGCCUAACUUGAUAAGAAAUUACUUUCAAAAUUUAAUGCCCUUUUUCCUUUCCCCAUAUAUUAGAUCCUGGCUGGACCUUUUCAUCAGCAUUAAAGAAAAAUGAAAUUUAUCCCAGUUGUGCUAUGGGUGUAGUCAGUUGUGUGGGUAUAGUCGCUCCAGCAUUAUUAAACUGGUUCUGCUGUUCUUCUGUCAUCCUGAUGUCACACCAGUAUUAUAAUUAGAUAAUAGAUAUCUCACUUUCCGAGAUACCCAGUGCGAGGACACCCUUUAGUCGUUUAACUGACUUGGUAGAAUUUUUGUAUGUUUGUUGCCAAUGAGAGCAAUCACAGUAAUUGUGAUUCUACAGCAUCAUAUGACUUCAAAGGUCUGGUGUUUCGCCGUGUAUCAUUCAUGGUUUGGAUUUGUUUCAACUCAGUUUUUUUUGUUCACAUCGGUCUAUUGGUAUGACUGGUCUUUUUAGCCCUAAUAGCAUCUGGUGGUCCUGGAUGUUACAGGGGCAUCAUCCAUCACGCCUGUAACAGUGUCAAUUAAAUGGGAACCUGUGAUAAAAUAGUAGUAUAACAACUGAUCAGUAUUCUAAGACGUCUUAUUUUUUUAUGAUCUGUUUUAUUGAGAGGGUGAGGGACAAUGGCUGAAAAUGCAUUAGCUUUUUAACUUUUACAGAAUAGAUUUUGGAAAAAUUUCUAUAAGGAAACUCAAAAAAAAGGGCUUUUGGGAAGUCACUUUUUAAAAUGUUAAUUGAAUUCAAGGAAGCAGGAAAAAAGUCUUUAUAUAAACAUUGUGACUAGUGUUUCGGCACAAAAAGGUACUGUAUUUUUAUGAAGUUUAUGCCAACUGUUGACAUGUACUUACGUGGUUAAAUAAAAAAGAGAAAGAUGGAAAUUGUUCUCAUGUUUCUGGUAGGUGUUACACUUCUCUUAUGUCUGUUAAACUGAAGUUUAACACAGUUACCACCGCAGAUACGAUUGAAGCUGAACUUUCAACUAAAAGCACAGAAGGGCUGCAGAUGAUUAAACCAAACUCACACACC